GGAUCCCGCGAAAAUCGGGAGGGUUGGCAAGUACAGUAUGAGCACAUCAUACUUUGAAGAUAGUUCAACAGGGAACCCAUCCAGCAGCAGCAGUGAGGACGAGGAGGAUGUGAGCACCGGUGACAGAGAAGGUUUCAUCUGCGCCGUUUGUUUGGACGUGUUCUUCAGUCCUUACAUGUGUCACCCCUGCAACCACGUCUUCUGUGAACCCUGUCUAAGGACGCUAGCUAAGGGCAGCCCCACCAACACACCCUGCCCCCUCUGCAGAACAAUCAUCACACAUGUCUUCUUCCAGAAGGAAUUAAACCAAACCGCAAGAACAUUCUUCCCAAAGGAAUAUCUUUCCCGGAAACAGAACUUCCAGAAAGCAAAUUGUGCCAAGUGGCCUCUCCCGAGCUGCCGAAAACUCUUCCGUAUCUUUGGAGGCUUCCAGAGGCAGUCCAGUCCCAUAGCUAGACGCCAGUUCCCCCACGGAGGAGGCUACCGCCUGGAUGCUCUGGACUUUGAGGAUGACUCUCGAGGCUGGCGCUUUGACAUGGACAUGGUCAUCAUUUAUAUUUACUCAGUCAACUGGGUUAUUGGCUUCUUCAUAUUCUGCUUUCUUUGCUACAUCUUCUUCCCUUCCUUUUGACAGUCCUGGCAACAAUGAAGGAGAAACAUAGAAAAAGGAAAGGUUGAGGACACUGAAGAAUGAUCAUACAAUAAGGAAUUUAGGAUGAGACAGAAGACAGCCAUGUUCACAUAGGGAGAAAGGGUAAAACUGAGGGAUAGGGUUUGAUGAGAAAACAAUGAGGGAAUGUCAAGCAGGUGGGAUGUCGCUGUGGUGGGAAAACAGCUUGUUGUGUCUCAUAAAUAAAUGAUUGAAAUAGGGAAAUGGUGUGGGAUGUUUGGGAAUCCUAUAUUCUCCGUUGUGUCCUGUUCCUGCUUGAAGGGGAGAUAAUAACAGUGUAACAUCACAUCAGUUUUACUUUCAACAUAAUGAAAUACAUUCUGUUAGUGCUUACAUUUUUGAUAAGCAACACAACAAUAAUAAUAAUAAUAAUAAUAAUAAAUGAUAUUUAUAUAGCGCCUUUCAAGGGACCCAAGGUCGCUGAAUAAGGUCAAUAAGCAUCCAUCAGGAGGGAAUAUUGUUGUCAAUUUAAAGUCAAUUUAUUUUGUAGCAGAUAUAUAUAUAACACAUACAGGUAUAACCGUUUAAGUGAUUAUACAUUUGAUGAUGAAAUCAUGUGUAAGAGCGAAAUAAAUGAUUUUAUUCCUCACACACUU